AUGGCGCGAUCGGACAACGCCCCCCACGACGACGAGCCCGUCAUCGCGCUCGACGACGACAGCGUCUCCGACGACGGCGGAUCGAUCGACCCAACGGGAGGGACCGACGACGAGAUCCCGCCGGGGGGUACCGACGGCGGGGAGUGCGAGAAUUACUUCGGCAGGGCCGCGAAGGAGGGCGCCGCGCCCGCGGGGACGAACCCGUUCGCGUCGAGCGCGGCGAUCGCGCCGGAGGACGACUGGCGCGCGCAGAUGGAGGUGAUGAGACUGCUUCCCAUACGACCCCGUUCGCGAUGUGCGCGUCGUUCCUUAAGGACUUUUCCCGUCGUCACUCUUCACCCGCGCUCCCCUUUCAACGAAGCGAAGCGGCAGGUGGAGGCGCAGAGGAUCGCGCGCGAGCGCGAAGAAGCGAUCGAGCGCGAGAAGGAGCAGCUCGCGGCGGAGAUGAAGGGGAAGAAGUACGAGGGAAGGAGGAAAGCGGGCGAUCCCGUGGAGGCGGCGACCCCCGCGUCGGGUGGUGACCGAUCGGCGAGGAAGAUCGUUCGCGCGAGGCGACCGACGGGCGGCGGCGGCGGCGGCGGCGGCGGGACGACGACGGCGACGGGGGGGUCGCCCGCGGACGCCGCGCUGAAAGCGCCCGCCGCGCCGAACCCGUUCGCGGGGUUCUCGCUCCUCGCGCCCGCGCCCGCGCCCGCGCCCGCGGCGGAGACGACGACGACGACGACGACGACGAAGCCGAGCAUCCUCAGCCGGCUAAGCGGCGCGCCGACGCCGUUUGUCGCGCCGGCGCCAGCCGUCGAGGACGUCGAGAAGGAAGAGGAAGAGGAGGAGGAGGAAGCGGCGGCGACGCCCGCGCCCGUCUUCGCGCCGUCGAUGUUCAGCUUCGUGCCGUCGAAGCCGGUGGCGGCUCCGGCGGCGCCCGUCGUCGCCGCGACGCCGCCGCCGACGGCGACGACGCCGGCGGCGACGACGACGACGACGACGACGAAAGUGAAGACUCCUCUCGCGAUAGAACUCGGGUUGUGA